AUGGUGUCAACCUACCUUGCAUACCAAGGUUACUCACUGACAGCUGAAACAUUUUCACACAUAACAGGACAAACCAUUCAGGAAGAUAUAGCCUCCAUUAAACAUAGGCAAAAAAUACAGCACUUCAUAAUGGCAGGUCGAAUCAGUGAAGCUAUCAACCUCACGAACAAACUCUAUCCUUCCAUUCUUGAUAACAAUCAUGACCUUCUCUUCAAAUUAAAAUGCAGGCAAUUUAUUGAGAUGGUCAACGGAACUGAUGAUGACUACACAACGUCAUCAUCAUCACACUUUACAUCAGCAACACAUUCUUCUACAUCAACAUUGCCACCGACAUCACACCACCACCAACAACAACAUCAUAUCACAAAUGGCUCUCGCAACAAUGAAAACAACAAAUCAAAUCAAACAAACGGCCAUAUAACAUCAAUCAAUAAUAGCCAAAACAACAACACUGAUAGUGAUGACGAUGAUGACGUAAACAUGGACACAUCUGAAUCAGCAAAUGAUGAAGAUGAUGUUGACAUUAACAUUGCUAAUGGUACGCAACGCCAACAUAAUGGCGAUGGUUUUUCAUCAUCAUAUGCAUCAACAUCAACGAUGACAACAAAGUGCUGCAACAUGCCUAACAACAUUGAAAGGAUUUUGAUGUUUGGUAGAGACCUUCACGUCAUGUCCGAGCGACUGAAGAAAAAUGGUGACAACAAAAAUGAGGAGAAUGAAAAGGCACUGAAGGAAGCCUUCAGUUUGUUGGCAUACUCUGAUCCUUGGAACAGUCCAGUUGGUCAUCAACUUCAUCCAUCACAAAGGGAAGUUGUCUGCAAGUUACUCAACUGUGCAAUAUUAGAGCAAUUGGGCCAACCAACCCACCCGCCGCUGGAGAUCGCUCUGUCACAUGCAUCGAAAUGUUUGAAGGUCAUGUCGAAGCUUCACAUGGCCAGUUGUGCCUUCACCACGUUGGCUUCCAUUCUCGCUUAA